CUUUCUAUUUCCUUUUUAAUUUUCCCUCUUUUUUCUUCCUUCCUUCCUUGUUCACUUCCCAGUUCCCACUCCACCGAUUUCUUUCUACCCCUCGGUUUUCCAUUUAUUUACAAUCCGAACCAAUCGACUGAAGGGGCAAAGAAACCAGGAUGUUGGACCGGUGGUUACGACCUCUCCGUUCCCGAGCUAAAAUAACCGUUCUCUGCCUUCUACUAACCUUCAUCGUCCUACAUGGCACCUUUACCUCCGCGAAAUCCGGCUCCUCGGAGGAAAGCUCCGACAACCACACCUCCUACGCUUCCCGCAAGCGGGCGGAGUCCCGCCGCUCACUCGAAGAAGCUCAGAACGACAACAACGAUAAGAACUACGCCGAAUUUGAAAUCUCCAAGAUUCUCGUCGAUGAAGAAGGCGGAGACGAGGAAAAGCCCCACCCGAACAAACCGUACUCACUCGGACCUAAGAUAUCUGAUUGGGAUCAACAAAGAUCUGAGUGGCUCAAAAACAACCCUGAAUUCUCAAACUUCAUCGGUCCAAACAAGCCCCGAGUCCUACUCGUCACCGGUUCGUCACCCAAACCGUGCGAAAACCCGGUCGGCGAUCAUUACCUAUUGAAAUCGAUUAAGAACAAGAUCGAUUACUGUAGGUUGCACGGGGUCGAGAUUUUUUACAACAUGGCGCUAUUGGAUGCGGAAAUGGCGGGAUUUUGGGCGAAAUUACCGUUGAUUCGGAAGCUUUUACUUUCGCAUCCAGAAAUCGAGUUUCUCUGGUGGAUGGACAGUGAUGCUAUGUUUACGGACAUGGCGUACGAGGUUCCAUGGGAAAGGUACAAAGAUUCUAAUUUGGUUAUGCAUGGUUGGAAUGAAAUGGUUUAUGAUGAGAAAAAUUGGAUUGGAUUAAAUACGGGUAGCUUUUUGUUAAGGAAUUGUCAAUGGUCGCUUGAUCUUUUAGAUGCUUGGGCUCCGAUGGGCCCGAAGGGGAAGAUUAGGGAAGAAGCCGGGAAAGUUUUGACCAGGGAGUUGAAGGGCAGGCCGGUUUUUGAAGCUGAUGAUCAGUCUGCGAUGGUUUACUUGUUGGUCAAGGAAAGGGCCAAGUGGGGAGAAAAAGUUUAUUUAGAGAAUGCUUACUAUUUGCAUGGUUAUUGGGGAAUUUUGGUGGAUCGUUAUGAAGAAAUGAUAGAGAAUUAUCAUCCGGGGUUAGGGGAUCAUAGAUGGCCCUUGGUUACACAUUUUGUCGGGUGCAAGCCGUGCGGGAAGUUUGGGGAUUAUCCGGUGGAGAGGUGUUUGAGGCAAAUGGACAGAGCCUUUAACUUUGGGGAUAAUCAGAUCUUGCAGAUGUAUGGGUUUAUGCAUAAAUCACUGGCCAGUAGGAGGGUUAAGAGAGUUAGAAAUGAGACUGCUAAUCCACUUGAAACUAAAGAUGAGUUAGGGUUGCUUCAUCCAGCUUUUAAAGCUGUUAAGGUUUCAGCAUCUUCAUAAUGGUUUGUUGGAAUAGCUUCAUUGGAUUGAUAUGCAACAGUCAUACACUGCUGUUCUUGAUUUAUUCUUUUACUUUUCUAUUUCGAUUGAUUGCUAAUCCUUCCUUUUGGUAGCCUGAUGUUGUCCUGAGUUUUUAUACUUUCAUCACCAAUUUUCGAGUUGUUGAUUUAUACAAAGGAAAUUAUUUCUGGUAUAGAUUUACCCUGUUUAGUAACAUACUUAAUGGUUGGAAUUGUAGUACUCUUUAUCCUC